AUGGAGGAUGUUGUAACUAAUGAAGACCAAGAUGAAUUAACUUCACUUAGUAGUAUUGCACCAAAUAUUAUUCUACUCAAUAAAUAUCAUAUAGCACCAAAUCUUUUAAAUGAGUUUACUUAUCUUCUUAAUGAAUUCUCCCUUAAUAAAAAAAUUAUUGGACUAACAACUAAUAAUGAAUCUGCAAUGACUGUUUUAGAUAGAGAAUUAGGUAAAAAAUUGAUUCAUGAAUUUCAUAAUAAUAAGUUUAGUCAUUAUCGAUGUGUGGUACAUAUUAUUAAUCAAUCAGUAAAACAAGGUACAUUCUACAUGCUCACUAAAUUUAAAAAAAUUGAAACUGUUAUAAAAAUGUUAAUUGCCAAUCAUGAUGAAUUAGUUGAAAUUUUUCCAAAUUCAGAAGACUCUCAACAUAUCAAUGAUACAUUAAUUUUAUUAGAUCUAAUGGAAAAGGCAACAAAACUUCUAUCUGCUGCUUUAUAUCUCACAAUGGAAUUAAUAGAUGAAAAAUGUACCAUUUCAACUAUCCUAGAUCCAAGGUAUAAGUUGUCAGAUUUUGAAGGUGAAAAACGGAUUACUGCUAUAAAUACAAUUCAAAAUGUCUUUCAUACUUAUCUUCAACUUAAUCAUAACACCACCACUACUACUUCCUCAAUGUCUAAUUCCCAAGCUCCACAAAAUCUACAUGAAUACUUUGCUCAUCUUAAUGACUGUAAUCAAAACUAUUUACUUAAACCACUAAAUAGUGAAUUAGAUCGCUACUUACAGUUGGUUGAGGAUAUUGGAAUAGAUCCAUUGGUUUGGUGGUCUUGUCAUGCUAAUGAAUUUCCAACUUUAAGUUUAAUGGCACAAGAUUACUUGGUACUGCAGGCUACCAGUGUAAGUUGUGAACAAGCCUUCAGUAUUGCAAGUAACACUAUUACAAAAAAAAGAAAUAGAUUAAGACCAUCAACG